CUCACUCCGUGGGCGGGGCUUCGGGUCUCCUCGGUAUCUACCUGUGGACCGCAUGGAAGCAAAGACUCUUGGGAUUGCAACACCAAGAAAACCUGUCUUAUCCGUCAGUGCAAGAAAACUUAAGGACAAUGCAGCUGACUGGCAUAACUUAAUCCUGAAAUGGGACAGCCUGAGUGACAAGGGUUUCACCACGGCGAGCAGUAUUGCCAACCUGAAAGUCAGCUUGUUGAGUAAGGAGAAGGUUGAGUUAGAGAGCAGCAGCCCAGCUUCCAGUGAAGAGGAAGAAAAGACAAGUCUGGAUAAGGGACUGGAAGCACUGUGUGAGGAGCUGCAGGCCAUCUUGGACGGCUUGACUAAAAUACAAAUGAAAAUGGAAAAGCUAUCUUCAACCACCAAGGGAAUUUGUGAACUAGAAAAUUACCACUACAGGGAAGAAAGCAGCCGGCCCCCUCUGUUUCACACGUGGCCCACAGCCUUCUUUUAUGAGGUCUCCCAGCGGCUCUCCGAAGCAUACAAGAAGGAGCUCCUUUUGAAGCACACCAUUGGUGCAGAGCUGGCCCAUACUGCAGACCGCAACCUCAGCCUGACCUACCUGUCCAUGUGGCUGCACCAGCCCUACAUAGAGAGCAACAGCAAACUACAGCUGGAGAGCAUGCUGCUUGAAACAGGGCACCGGGCCCUGUGACUCCCUGGCCACCUUGCCUGUGACCACGGCUUGGAGCUCCAGACUACUGGCUGGACAGUCACUUGGGUGGAACCUGUUUGCCUCAAGGCCAGCUCCUUUUAGGGUCCUGAGAUCACUCUCCCGCUGCUGCAGCCUCUCCAGACACAGGCACUGCUGCAGCUGUCCUCCUGCUACUCUGUCCCAGCUAUCUUGACGCUUCACUGAGUGACAGAAACAAGAAUGGCUGAGGAGCCGAGUUUUGUAAACCAGUGGACUUUACGGUCACAUCUGUGGUGACAACCUGAGUUUCCUAUUUCUACCGUGUUCCUAUCUACCUUUCUGUUUGUUUGUUUUGUUGUGCUGGAAAUCAAAUCCAGACUUCACACAAGCUGAAUAUCAACCACUGGUCCACACUC